AUGCCUCCAAGACAGGACCCCACUAACGCUCAGUUGGCCCAGGCUAUGGCCCAGCUGGCGCAGGUCGUCGCCCAGCAAGUCGUCGUUACUACUGCCCAGACUGCAGCCCAGGCUCAGCGAGAGGCAGAAGAGAAUAAUAGGAGAGCAGAGGAGGAAGCUCGAAGAGCUCAGCGAGCCGAGAGGGAAUUGGCUCAAGAUCAGAUUCGCAUGAGAACAGACUUCAACCGGCACGCACCGCCCAAGUUCCAAGGAGAAGCUGAACCCGAAAAGGCUGAUCUAUGGGUUCAGGAGAUGGAGAAGAUCUUUGAGGCACUCCAUACCCCGGAUGCCGAGAAGGUCAACUUGGCCACUUUUAUGCUGAAGGGUGAUGCUGAGUAUUGGUGGCGUAGUGCCAGACAGCUGAUGAUGGCCAACCAUGAGGUCAUCACUUGGGAGUCCUUCAGAAAGGCUUUCAUGGAUAAGUACUUCCCGGAAACAGCAAGGGAAGAAAUGGAGAACAGGUUCCUCAGCUUGAGGCAAGGACCUACCUCUGUGGGAGAGUAUGCUGCACGUUUGGAAGCCCUAUCCAAACACUUUCGAUUCUUCCAGAACCAGGUAGAUGAGGCUUACCUAUGCAACAGGUUCAUGCGAGGGUUGAGGAAUGAGAUUGAGAAGGCUGUGAGGCCUUUGGGAAUCAGGGUCUACCAACAGCUAGUGGAGAAGGCCCGUGAAGUCGAGGCUAUGGAAAACAGGCAGAGAGGCCGCCCAGAGAACGGAGGAUCAGUACGCCCGGGACAGAAUCAACCGGGAAGAUUCAAUGGACAGAGACCAGUGGGGAAGUUCGAUAAGGGCAAGGCGCCAAUGAGAAAGCCUUACCAGCGCCCAGCUGCCCAAGUGCCAAAUGUUGUGAGGGGAGCAGCCCCUGUUUCAAAGGAAGAUGUGACCUGCUACAAGUGCAAUGAGAAAGGACACUAUGCUAAUGAAUGUGGCAAGGAGAUUGUAUGCUGGAGAUGCCGAAAACCAGGACAUGUGGAGAGAAAUUGCCCGAGUGCUGCUAAAGCUGAGCCAGUGCUGAAUACCGCCAGAGGGAGACGACCAUCUGCUCCAGGUCGUGUCUUUGCUAUUUCUGGCGAACAGGCCGCUGUUACUGAUGACCUUAUCCAGGGUACGUGUCUUAUUGCUGGGACAUCACUAAUGGUUUUAUUUGAUUCGGGUGCCACGCACUCAUUCAUUGCUGGGACUGUGUGGAGAGGUUAG